AUGGCAAGAGCAGCAAUAAAAAGUUUUGGGGAGACUCAGGAAAGAGCAUGGGUUUGGCCAGAUGACAUUAAAUGGAUGGUUUUCGAAUUGGUUUGUGACAAUUACAGAAAUACAAAACAACGAAAUACCAAGUACCAAGUAUUCAAUAUGAGUGAGGUAUGGCAAGUUUUUAGCAAAGACGAUGAUGGUCUUAAAGUGAAAUGCUCAAUAUGUAAAAAGAAAUAUGCAAAUCCAGGAUCAAGUACAACAAACAUGUGGAACCAUUUAAAAUUUAAACCCAAGCCAAAAUUUAUUGAACUUGAUCAAAUUCGAAUGGGGUUAUCAGGAAGUGCAUUUAAUCAAGACGUUUCCAAUGUUUCCAUAGACGAAGAUGAGUCUGAGAUUGAGGAAUCAAAUUCAUUAAUAUCACAACCUUCUACUUCAAAUUAUGAACCAGAAUUAGGUCAAUCAGAUUCAACUGAUUCAUGUAUUUAUCCGUCUCCUAUUACUAACACCUCAUCAAUAGCCAUUGUUCACAAAACAAAUUCAACUCUAACAAAACAAAUGAAAAUGACACAAUUCACUCUGAAUAAAAGUGCAAAAAUCAAAAUUAAUAAUGCUCUUGCCUAUUUCAUUGCAACAAAUAUGAGAGGCCGGAGCAUAAUUAGGAGCGCCGAUGUUUUUACUUUCACCACGGACUGCUGGACUUCAAGUUCAAACCAACCGUUUAUUGGUCUCACGUGCUAUUUUAUCAACGCUAAUUUCAAAUUAACUUCAGCCUGUUUGGGUUGCAUUGAACUGUCGGAAGACCACACUGGGGAGAAUAUAACCGACGUAGUUCAAAUGUUGCUUUUAGAUUAUGAGAUACCGGAUAGGAAAAUAUGUUCGAUAGUGACGGAUUAUGGAUCUAAUAUGCUAAAGGCUGUACGCAAUUUAAAUAUACCACAUGUAGCUUGUUUUGGCCAUGCUCAACACGGCAGUUUUACGCAUCUUUAA